AUGAACACGACUAUCGGCAGAGAAGAGGACGAGGAUCCCUCUCGAACCGUUAUGCAGUGGCAAUCGAGACUGCCAAACGGUAUAUCGGCUGCCACCGAGGCCGCAAUCGACAGAUCUCUGUCCCCACCCCAAUCGCCUCCUCCCGCCUAUCCUGAAUCCGACCUCGAUCCCUCCGAUUCGGCGUCCCAUAUUGAUUCUGACGAUCGUGACAUUCUCCUGUACUUGGAAAGCAUGAGACCUCGUCUUUCUGAUAUUACCGGACUUUCCAAGCAGUCGGACUUUUCGGCGGGCGGCGACAGCUGGGACGUAUACCGCAAGCUUUUGGAUUUCGCUGGCCUCGUCCACCUGUCAUAUGGACCUGUAAUGAUUGUCGAAGGUGCCCGGCUACUGCGUAUAUUGGCUUCCCCGAAGCCUCUGGGCCGGAACUUGAACCUCAAACUCGUUGCGGACCUGAAGCUGUUGGAGAAGGCUAUUGAUGAGCCGGAGUUGGAAGAAUCAUACUUGGAAAGACGCAUGAACGUCAUUAUCGUCGAAGCGAUCAGCGAGAUAGAACACGUCGAAAUCCGCCACCACGAUCUCGACUGGAACCGCGUCCCGGUAACCUUGCAGCGACAUGUGGGACUCUCUUGUCCUAAGCCCCGUGGUACCAUAGGCUAUCCUACGAAAGGAUUUGUCAAGCGUGGAAAGGGCAUCAAGAUUCAGAAGGUGCCUUCGGAGGAGGAUCAUCCGCUCGGUCGAAAGGCUAUGGAGGAUAUUUUUCGCAGCGCUCUCAGAGAGCACGUGCCCCUGAACUAUACCACUGCUAGACUUACAAGCAUGCACGAGGUAAUCAUCACCGAGUAUAAAGCUGUGAACAGUGCGAAUGCGAAGGCAAUUGCUCUCAAUCAAAACCUCAAUACGGGGUUGUUCAAAGUCUGGCAGGAUGUCGAAUUGGCUCAGUUUCUUGGAGGUACUGUUGCUCCUUGCGUUACGCGAGCGAUGGUACUCCGAGCUUAUCUCCCCCUCCCCCCUUCCACAGGCUCCUGGAAAACGGAAGUCGCGAAGAACCCCCCAUACUGCUUGCUGUUCAGAAUCUGUGGUACAUGGUGGGCUUUAGACUGGGUCGGCCUUCUAUCAAUUGAUAACAAGAAUACUACGCACUGGACUACGCUGAAGGAAGGUAACUGGGCUAAAAAUCCAGUUUACUUCCUCAAGACCUUGAAGACCACCUAUGAAAUCUGUUCAAAGCGCGUCAGAGAGAAGAGAGGCAGUAUGAUGAAGGAGUUGCUGCGUCGCGCCCGCGCAAGCCCACCGGCUAGUAGCCUGGAACCACUCGAGGAACGUACAUACGUUCCCCUGCCCAGGAAAGGCGAAAAUCUGACAGCGAGCGUCUCCGAGAAUGAGAGCCUGCCUUGAAGAACGACUCGAUAGGGUUUCCUGGACUAGAAGACUUCGACACGGCCAGAGCUCCCUUCACGUCACAGCCAGAUCGUUCCAAGUAAGCAGCUACAUAUCAUGAUAUAGCCCUCCGGUCCUCUUCCGCCUUUCCUGAUCAGCGGAUGGCCAUUGUAUCUCAUCUCAUCGCUUGUCGACUAUCAUGUCUACCUGUUUACCUGAGAACGACUCGGGCAAGCUAUCAGUAUCGAGCUUCGUACAAGGCUUUACACGUCCGACUCGAGCCAAUUUACAGCGUUUGCCUGCCAUGUAUCAUCAGAAACCUCGAUCCUUCGCUCCGCGACGUUUCGGUCGGCUUUCAACUGCUUCGUGCGACCACUUUGCAUAUUCGAAGAUCAGGAACGGCAAGCUGUAGCGCUGUAUGACGUAUC